CCAGGUUUGAACCGAAAAAGGCGGUCUUGGGGUUCAAGCGACGAUGAACGUGCUGAGCUCCGUGAAGGGCUACAUGGCCAACGUCUUUGACAUGGGCGGCCAGCAGACCGGCGCCGUCGACGUCGUCGCGAUCCAGCACGAGGCGUCGGUGCGCACGACGCCGUUCCAUGCGCGCUUUGGGCGGCUCGACGUCCCAAGCACGGACGACCGCCGCGUGACGCUGCUCGUGAAUGGCGUCGCCAUCGACAACGUCUUGCUCGAGCUUGACGGCCGCGGCGAGGUCUACUUUGUGGAUGAUGAGCCAAGCCCAAGCCGAGACAGCUUGACCCUGGAGCUCGAGCUCGAGAACCUCUCGAUCGACGAGACAAGCCCGUCCUUCAUCACGUCGCUACCUCCGUUUAGCCCGCUCCAAGGACCGAUGGAUGGCGAUGGCCCGAUGCCAACGACGAUGCUCGACUCGCCCGACCAUCGGCUCUACUUUGACGCACUCGACGACAAGCGCAGCGCACCCAACUCGGUCGAGAAAGGCUCAUCGUUUGGCCCGAAUCAGCGCAACCCGAGCGUGUACUUUGACGCGAUGGAGCGCCACUCGCUUCUCGAUGCAGACCUGGACGAUUACAUGGCCGAGCCCAAUGACGCAAGUGGUAGCCCUCUCGGGGACGACGCACCGCAGCUGUCGCUCUGUGGCCACUUGCUGCAGCCGUCGCUCGGUGCCGACAAGGUUGCCGCCCUUGUCGCCGCGCACGCAGUGUCGGCUGCUGAUUUUCGGGCGAAUCCGCUUGGCAUCCUCCAGCACCCGCACUUGAUGGUGUCGGUGCACGGCCUCGUCCACCCCUACGACGUCUUUAUGCAGGCGUAUUUCGUUUCCAAGGUCUGCUUCCCCAAGCGGACGACACCGGCAAGUGUGGCGGCGCUCUCGCCGACGCCGUCGAUCACAGUCGGCACUUUGGAGGAAGGGUCUCGGCUCGUUCGCUCCGAGAGCGACCCGCUGCGCUGGUUCCAGUGGUUUGCACCGUCGGACGCGUCGACGGCCAGCAACACGUCGUCGUCAGUGACGUCGUCGACAAGCCCGAGCCGCAGCCACGCGAAUGCGACCGAGCUCGCCGCCAUGGGCUUUGUCUAUGGCGACAACGCGAUCGAGUUUGCCGUGCCCGGGGCACCCAAGCGCGCGUCCGCGGUCGUCUACUUUUGGCACGCGUCGAGCAAGCUCAUCUUUGUCGACAUUGACACAGCGCUGACCGCAACGACCAAGAGCAGCUUGUACCCCGGGGUCGCGUACUUUCUCGAAAGCGUCGCGGCCAACGGGUACCAUGUCGUGUACACGACCGCCAUACGCGGACGAAUGCCGCCGGCCGCGCUGCCCCGGGGCCCGGUCUGCGCGGCACCGCUCGCGUCGCUCUUGCAGUCGCUUCGGUCGCUCUUCCCGUCCGACAUGAGUCCGUUCUACGCGGCAUUUGCCAAUCGAGCGUCGCUGCAGCUCUUGAUCCAAGCCGGCGUUCCCAGCGGCCGCGCGUUCGCCGUCGAGGACGGCUGCGUCGCGUCGGCGCGCGUCAUGUCGUCGUACGAGCGCUUGGUCGAGCCCCGCGUCUUUGGAGCCAUGUUCCCGCCCAUUUAUUCGGUGGCCGUGUGCAAGCACCAGACGCCGAUCCAGCUGACGCCGAGCUUGAGCCCUAACGCCGGGUUGCUUGCGAGCCGCCGGCACACGCGCACGACCGGCGACGAAGCGUACAACGACGUCAACUUUUGGCGUGUCCCUCCGAGUACUAUUUAAGCACCUCGAUACAUUGAUACUUUUCAAAUCGA